AUGUCGCCUGAGCCCCCCCUCGGGCCCUAUCCCGCCUCGAUGGACUCCCACUCAGAGGUCUCCCACUACCAGCACUACCCCGACGACGCAGACUACGACGGCGAACAGCCCCCGCCGUCCUCGCCCGACGGCAGCGUAGCCACUAAUCCCAAGGCAGAUGCACGCCCCCAGCGCUCCAGAGACGGCUGCCUCACAUGCAGGUCACGAAAGGUCAAGUGCGACGAACAACGGCCAGUGUGCGAUAAAUGCCGGAUCAAGGCCCGAGACUGCGUCUGGCCCUCGGAAGACGAAGCCGAGAGACGGAGAAACAAGAAACGCAAGGCGGGCAGUAACGGGUUCACACCCAGGAGCUUCAACGGCAGGUCAUAUUAUGGCCGGUCGGUACGAGGGAAAGAGUACCUCCCGCACUCGCCCUCGCCUCUCCAUAUCCCGACCAUCUCCGUCCCGGUUGAUAUGCCCCGUCCUCCCAAACAUGCUAUCAAGGGUACAGUGCAUGUACCGCCAGGAUUUUUACCUGCAGGCAGCAUGGAGACGCCAGAGAGGGUUGUGACCAAGGACAAGGGAAAGCAAAAAGAGAGGGACGACUUUGUGGACUGGCUGGUCCCGGAAAAGGCCAGGGCAGAACUGAUGAUGGAGCCGACAUUUCUACAACCGUAUUUUCCUUCGGUGGAUGAACGUUUGAUCAUACGGCACUACCUAUCUAAGACAGUACACAUCAUAAUAGCCUUUGAAUCGCACCGGCAUCCAUGGAAUCCUUGGCUCAGCAUCCACGCUCCUCUAGCCUUCAAACAUCUCCCUGGAAUGAACUCCGCAGCAGACGCCCUCCGAAUCGCCAUGCUUGCCGUAGGGUCGGUUCACCUCCACUACACCACCCACCCCAACAGCCAAGCCAUCGCCAACAAGAUUUGCAAAUCUGCCAAAGACAAGGUCCUGAGCAUGGUAAAACAAACACUGCAGGACCAAGACGGACGGCCUAAGCAACUGAGCCACGACGAUAUGGAGCUGGUUUUGGGGGCCUUGUUAAGUUGUACUAUCGCUAGUUCGCUGGCCGCUGACGACUCAUGGCACCACCUCCUAUCCUCCGUCCUGAUACUCAUUGAUCAACUCGGCGGUCCCGAAAACAUUCUUCGCGAUGCCCCCCGCGACCGCAUCUCCCCCUGCAGGUUCUUCAUGGAACAGCUUGCUAUUCGAGACGUGUUUGGCUGCAUGACGACUGAGCUGGCGCCGUCCAUCCUGCAAGACGCGUUCUCUCCAUGGUUCUUCACCGCGCAGACGUGGUCAGGGACGGAUCUGGAGUGGGAGAGUGUUGAGCGGAUGUUUGGGAUUUCGAGGGGAAUGGUUGAUCUCAUUGCCAGAUCAUGUGGUCUUAUCGCUGCGGUGCGCGCUCUAGGUAAACCACUAUUCAGCGACAACGACCCCUCUCCACCCGCUUCCCCGACUCGCUCUUCCCAGCCCCUUCCCCCCAAUUCUCUCUCUGAGCUGCAACGCGCAGCCCGUGGUCUCAUGGCAGAGAUACAGGUGUGGGACGAAGCCGGUAAUUUCACCCCUCUGCAUCCUCGCACCCAGUAUGGCAACUUGGCGUACCGACAUGCGAUCAAGAUCAGGCUGUUAAGGAAGGUGUAUGGAGUGGCGAGCGAUGACGAACUUGUAAUGAAUAGUGUAGAGUCAAUCAUCGAGCUGGCCGCCGAGAUGUUGGCGUUUUAUGGAAAGAUCACUUGGUUGACAUGGCCCAUCGUCAUUGCUGGGUUCGAAAUACCACGAGGCCAUCCCUCGCGCCGCGCAGCUCUCGAGAUGCUGGGUGCUUUUGGGCCUCAUGCGUGUUUCGACAACCGGGCUGGUGCCCGAAUGUUAUCCGACUUUUGGGCUUGGCAUGACAUGGGGGAUUCUGACCACGCUUGGGAAGUUGCAAACAUCCUCAAUCAACGUCCCUUUUUGGACUAG